CGUGGUCGUCGUCUUCUUCCUUUAAUAAACGUUGACAUAGCAAUUGAUACAAAAAUCAAGGAUUAUCAUCUUCUCAAAGCUUCAAAUACAUGAGAGAAACCAUAAUGGAUCUUCUUUCUCUCCCAACAAUAACAGCAAUUUCAAUCCUUCUUUUGUCACUACUUGUAUGGAUCAUCAGAGCUCAGAAAAACUCACCAAACCACACAACCAAAGGCAUGGUAGCACCAGAACCUUCAGGAGCCUUACCCCUUUUGGGUCAUCUUCAUCUUCUUGGAGCUCAAGCUCCUCUUGCUCACACCUUAGCUUCCUUCGCAGACAAGUACGGCCCCAUCUUCACCAUCAGACUCGGAGCCUUCCCUGCCCUCGUUGUUAGCAGCCAAGACGCCAUUAAAGACUGCUUCACCACCAACGACAAAACCCUAGCCUGUCGCCCGAGAUCCAGCCACGGCGUCUACCUCGGUUACAACUUCGCCGGGUUCGGGUUCGCGCCCGACGGCCCGUACUGGCGCAAAUUGAGGAAGCUCGUCAUGCUCGAGCUACUAUCGGCUCGGCGACUGGAAUCGUUGAGGCAAGUGUAUGAAUCUGAGAUCGAUGUUUUCAUCGGCGAUCUGUACUCGUACAUCGUCGGAGAUGGUAAUAAUAAAGGUAGGAUUGUGAUUAGCGAGUGGUUGGAGCGAUUGACGCUGAACGUAAUCACGAAGAUGAUUGCAGGGAAGAGGUAUUUUGGGAAUUUGCAAGAUGUGGAUGAUGAAGAGGCACGUAGGGUUGUGAAGCUGAUAAAGGAUUUCAUGCAUAUUUCUGGAGAAUUUGUUCCUUCAGAUUUGAUUCCGUUUCUGGGAUGGUUUCGUGGUGAAGGAAAGGUACUGAGAUCGAUGAAGAGGAUUGCGAAUGAUCUGGAUUCUCUGGCGUCAAGUUGGGUUGAAGAGCAUCGUGUGAAGAAGAAAGAGUUCAGUGAGAAGCAGGAUUUUAUUGACUUCAUGCUUUCUGUAAUUGAAGAAGACGACUCUGCCUUGGGCCAUACACGCGACACCAUCAUCAAGGCAAAUGUCUUGAGUUUGAUCUUAGCUGGGGCAGACACAACCUCCAUCAACUUGACAUGGAUGCUAGCCUUACUAUUGAACAACAAACACGUCCUAAAGCGUGCCCAAGAGGAGGUCGAUCAUCACGUGGGCAAACAAAGAUGGGUCCAAACUUUAGAUAUCAAAAACCUAAUUUACCUUCAAGCUAUUGUCAAAGAAACCCUAAGAUUAUACCCACCAGGUCCUCUCUUGGUCCCCCAUGAAGCAACACAAGACUGUUGUAUCUGUGGCUAUUACGUCCCAAAAGGCACCAGAGUAUUAGCUAAUGUGUGGAAGCUCCACAGAGACCCAACCAUUUGGUCACAGCCUGAAAAGUUCAUGCCUGAGAGGUUCAUCACAGAGAAUGGAGAUAUUGACAAUGAAGGUCACCAUUUUCAGUACCUUCCUUUUGGGAUUGGAAGAAGGGCUUGUCCUGGUUCGAAUUUAGCAGUGCAAGUAAGUGUGUUGAGUCUAGCUCGUUUGCUUCAAGGGUUUGAGUUGGUGAACGUAGGUGGUGAACCAGUGGACAUGAAAGAAGGCACAAGCAUUACUUUGCCCAAGGCAACUCCAUUGGAAGCUGUUCUAACCCCACGAUGUUUACCUCAUCAAUAUCAAUUAUUGUCGAAAACAUCUUAACCACUGGAACAGGUUCCUACUGGUACUCAUCUUGCCCUCGAUCACAUGGACAAGUGAUCAAUGAUAAAAGAAAAAUAAAGGGACAAUGACAUUCAAGGCCUUUUAAAUUUAUCCCAACAAAGGUCUAUGAGUUUUGUUUUAUAUUAAAAUACUGUCUUGUAAAGCAUGUAUAUGUUAU